AGCCAAUCAGCGUUCAGGUCGCUGUGCGGCGCUCCAGGAUGAUACAGACCAAAGGGGUCGGUGUUCAGCCAUGAACUUCAAUAACUUCUUCACAUCCUUCGGUUAAGUGCACCUUCAGCCAUGCAUGUGACAUCCCAGCUGCUCAGGGGUUUUCCUCGUACAAAGGCCUUGGCCUCCAGUCUGUUACCAUGCCAACAACACCAGUCCCAGCUAGGACCCAUCACUCAGCAACCUGCCUUAAGACGGCCCUCUCAUGUAUGGCAGAGCCACCAGCACUCAAGAAGUUACCAAACAACCUCAGUGCUCCGCAGCUACAUCCUCACACCCCCACAGGUCAACUCUAUUCUGAAAGCCAACGAGUACAGCUUCAAGGUGCCGGAGUUUGAUGGGAAGAAUGUGUCAUCUGUGAUGGGUUUUGAGAGUAAUCAGCUGCCAGCCAACGCCCCUAUAGAAGACCGUCGAAGUGCUGCCACAUGCCUGCAGACACGAGGAAUGCUGCUGGGUGUGUUUGAUGGUCAUGCUGGAUGUGCAUGUGCACAGGCACUGAGUGAGAGGUUGUUUUACUACAUAGCGGUGUCUCUGCUGCCCCACGACACACUGUGCGAGCUUGAGGCAGCAGUGGAGGCUGGCAGGGCCCUCAGUCCCAUCCUGCAGUGGCACAAACACCCCAAUGACUACUUCACCAGGGAGGCUCAGACUCUCUACUUCAACAGCCUCCGAACCUACUGGCAGGAGCUAAUAGAUCUCACCAGCCCAGGCGAAGUUCCAGAUACCCGUGAAGCGUUGCUGAAUGCCUUUAAGAGGCUGGACAAUGACAUUUCCUUGGAAGCUCAGGUUGGAGACCCGAAUGCUUUCCUGCACUACUGGGUUCUGAGAGUGGCCUUUUCUGGAGCAACGGCCUGCGUGGCUCACAUCGAUGGACCAGACCUGUUUAUAGCCAACGCAGGAGAUGCUCGGGCAGUGUUGGGGGUGCAGGAGGAGGAUGGUUCCUUCAGCGCUCACACACUCUCUAAUGAUCACAGUGCCCAGAAUGAGGAAGAGAUGGCUCGGAUACGGGGUGAACACCCUCCAUCUGAGAGGAAGACAGUUAUACGACAGGACCGGUUGCUUGGCCUCCUCAUGCCGUUUCGUGCAUUUGGGGACGUGAAGUUCAAGUGGAGCAUUGAACUGCAGAAGCGUGUGUUGGAGUCUGGACCUGAUCAGCUCCACGAAAACGAGCACACCAAGUUUAUCCCUCCAAACUACCACACACCCCCUUACCUGACCGCUGAGCCCGAGAUCACGUACCACAGACUGCGGCCACAGGACCGCUUCAUGGUGAUUGGCUCUGACGGCCUCUGGGAGACUCUCCACAGACAGGAAGUAGUUCGUAUUGUGGGGGAAUAUUUAACAGGGGUGCACCAGCGUCAGCCCCUCAAAGUCGGAGGCUACAAGGUCACCCUGGGACAGAUGCAGGGGCUGCUCGAAGAGAGAAAGGCUCGCGUGUCCUCAGCUUUCGAGGAUCAGAACUCAUCAACCCACCUGAUACGGCACGCAGUGGGAAACAACGAGUUUGGCACGGUUGACCACGAGAGGCUGUCGAAAAUGCUGUCGCUGCCCGAGGAGCUGGCUCGCAUGUACCGCGAUGACAUCACCAUCAUAAUCUCUCAGUUCAACCCUCAUGUGAUUGGAGCACAGAGACAGGACGGGCAGUCCUGAGCUGUACAGAAGCCUUUCGCUGGUGUUAUACUGAGGAGUACACACACACACACACACACACACACACACACACACACACACACACACAAACGUGUGUAACUGCGUACUGAAGAUCUACACACAAGCAGACUCUGUGGACAAACAGGCCAUAUUAGGAAAAUAUCUGUCCAGCAGUGUGAAUGAAUAGUUUUAACUCUAUUUAUGUAAAGAAUUAUGUUUGUAUGCAGUGCUCGAGAAGAUCCAGUUCCGUAUGAAGUGAGAAGAUCUCAGUUAAAAACUGGUUAACAGUCUGUUAACAUUAUUUACAACCUUAUUUAUGCUGCCAAUAUCCUCUGUCAACCGUUUCAUACACUCUUCUCUGCGUGGCUGAUAAGACGCUGUUACAAACUGAUUUUUGUGCCAAAACAUUCGACCUCCUCGUCUGCUGGAAGACUCAGCAGGGUUGAAAUGAUAGAAAUUCCAAAGAGGGUGAAGGUUGGACUUUAGUAAAGAGGUCUUUGUUGAUGCAGCAUUGACUUUUUUGAUAUUGACUCUAACUUGACUGUGCUAUUAUAACACCGCACUCUCUUUUUUUGCAGUCUGGUUUUAUUAUUUGCAUCUGUGAGGCUGAUGUUACAAUAGAGAACUGUUGCAUCUGGUUUUCUUUUUUUUACACUUGCAAAUGUCAUUGUAUGAGAUAUCCUUAGUACUGUCUGAACAUACACAUUUUGUUCUGUAUUUCCACUCCAGUCUGACAGUAUUUGGUUGAUGCUUACUCCAGCAUUGAGUUUAAAGGUGCAGUGUGUAGGAUUUAGUGGCAUCUAGCGGUGUGGUUGCACAUACCAACUCCCUCACUUCACCCUCCCGUUCCAAGCAUGAAGGAGAAACUACGGUGGCCGGAAAACUCGCAAAUAAUGUCUCCACCCAAUCUAGAGCCAGGGUUCGGUUUGACUGUUCUGGGCUACUGUAGAAACAUGGCGUACUCCGUAGAAGAGAACCUGCUCCCUCUGUAGAUUAAAAACAAUUCUUAUUUUCGGGUGAUUAUACUCUUUAUAAAAACAUACGAAGAGUAUUAUAUUGUAUUUCUGCCUAUAGAUAAUCCUCGAUGUUACACACUGGACCUUUUGAGUGCUGACUUUGAGCUUUAAAGUGUUUACAUUCAUAUUGAGUGAACACUGUGGGGAUACAUGGUGCGUCUGAUGGUGUGGAUGUAAAUACUCUCAGUUUAAACUCAUAGUCUAAUAGUUCCCAUCCUGUGUGAGUCCCAAGAUAAAUCUCAGGGGUCACGACAUUAUAUUAUAGUUACACAAAAGUUUUCUCUGACUUAUCUAAUACUGGAUAUUGUAACCUUCAGUCCUUAAAUGAAAUCAUUUGAACAAUUAAUUGAGACAAUUCUUUAUUUUAAAGGGUCACAAGCCAAAAACUUUGGGAAGCACUGAGGUAGUGAUUGAAAUCUAAUAGGUUGGAGUACAAAUAUUUACAGACUGCUCAGUCUAACAAGCCAUUAACUCUUGGAAGACUUGCACUGUGCACCACUACAGGUAGAUUGACACAUACCUGGCUUUUCACUUUAUUAUUAUAUAUAAGUAAUGAUGUUUGUUAAGUAAAACUCUAAGUAGACAAACUCCUCCACAAUAUCGUUGGCUACUGCUGUGAAGUAGUUGGAGUAAAAUUAAAGUUUGUUGUUCUUUUCCAAACUUUGUGGGGGUAAAAGGGACACGUGUUUAAAAAGCCUUAUGAUUGUUUGUUUGUUUGUUUUGUGAUUGGUCAACAGCAGUGUGGGUAACGUUUUUGUUACAGUUUGGGAUUUUAUUUUUCAUGACAGACACUCUUGAUACUCUCCAUUUAAACGCUAUGUGUUCAGGUGUAUUUAAGCCAAGAUGAAUGAGCAGAAUGUACAUUUGGUAACAAAGAAGCUGUUUAAUAUUAAAUAUUAUUUAUUCAGCUUUAGCAGUAUGUUAUACGUCUUUAUCUACAAUCGUAUGUAUAAAUUGUAACUUAUGUGGGUUAAGUUUUGUAUAUGGAAUGGUUUAAUAAAACACUGAAUACACACCA